CGCCCCAUAAACAUUCACGAAGAUGGUUUAACUAACUGCUAACAAAGUUCAAUGGGCGUAUCGGUCGCACAUUAAACAAUUUUAAUUGCUAUCGUAGAUGGAGCACACGCCCGGUUUUGCCCAAUAGUUCUAGUACGUCAAUAAAAAGUUUGUGCCAAUUAGUCUGUGAAUAUUGGCAAGCAGUAUUAUCAGUCGACAAUUGUAUAAAUGUUAACACGAAAAUAACAUUAUUUCAAAGUACUGAUAAAAGCCGCCGGGCAAAAAAAAAAAAGGGAAACUGCAAUGUCCGAGAAUCAGCAGCCAGUGGUUAGUCGUACCCAGCCAGUCGUCGACUACGGCAGCACAUUCCGGACGGAAUCGCAGCGCCGACCCACAUUUAUUCCGAUCGAAUCUCCGCGACGUUAUUCAAAAAUGGCCCACAGUUCGCUGUCUGGCCAUGAGGCCCAGAAUCGCCUACAGAGAUUGGAGUACUUUCUAAAUGUUGUGAACCAGAUGUGCAUUGGAUUUAUCACCAUCUAUAUAUCAUAUUUGACCCUGCGAACUGGAUUAUCCGGCACUGGACUGCACGCCUGGCUAGUAACCAUUGGGUUCUCAUUCUUUAUGGCCGAAGGAGUUAUGGUUCACUACGGUGGAAAUGUCUUGACCAACGGAUAUAAACGCCAAACGAAGACCACAAUACAUUGGGUACUUCUCACACUGGGGGGCGGUUGUGGAGCUGCUGGAGCCCUUAUCAAAAUGAUUCAAAAGGGGUUUCUGCUCCAGUCGACACAUGGGAAGCUGGGGAUGACCGCUUUUAUACUAUGCAUUCUGGCCAUGUCCUCCGGCGUGGCUGCACUUUUCUCCGCUCGUGUGAAGAAGCUGAUUACACCAUUAUUGAACAAGACAUUUCACAAUUUGCUUGGAUUUACUUGUUUUGUGAUCGCACUGGUGACCCAGUAUUAUGGCUAUCAGACCGGAUACUUUAAGAGCCGCAGUGAGACAGACUUCCAAAUCCUGAUGAAGUGCCUCACACUCAUAUCUCUGGUCCUUUCGAGCUACGGACCCAUGAAGGCACUCUAUCAAAAGUUCAAAAAUAUAUCCCAACAGUUUUAAGUAGGAGAAUCAGACUUUGCUUCUCGAAUGUAAAUAGAAAAAUAAAUUUUUAUUUUAAUAUCUUAAAA